AACAACCUCACAUCAUGCUCGGCGAGGACGAGGACGUAUUUGACAGUGUGACUUGGGAGAAUGAACAGGUCGCAGCUGCUCCUCAUUACGAUCCUUCUAGCGGCGCUGGACCGUCAGGACCAGGGUUCAGACAGAGCACCUCCGAUAGUGACGAGGGUCGCGGACCACACGACCCCAAGUGGGAGGGAUAUCUGGUCACCAGCGUCAAGGACCCCGUCAAGGAGCUUGCGGAAACGAAGGAUGCGUAUGUGUCGUAUCUCGUCACUGCUCAAACUAACUUGCCAAUCUUCUCCACACCAAACCCGUCGUCUCGGAGGCGCUAUAAAGACUUCGUCUUUCUACGGGAGCAUUUGGUGAAGGAUUUCCCGGCGUGUGUCGUUCCACCAUUACCAGACAAGCAUCGGAUGGAAUAUAUCACGGGAGAUCGUUUUAGCCCCGAGUUUAUGGAACGACGCCGCCUCGACUUGCACCGGUUUUUGCAGCGAUUGGCACGACAUCCGACUUUACAACGGAGUUCUCUCCUUCGAGCGUUCUUUGAGUCUACAGAAUGGACAGUGAUCAUGCAUCAACAUGUAGCACAUCCUCCCGGGCCAGAAGCACCGUCUGGUCUCAUUGACAACAUAUCGGACACCCUUCUGAACGCGUUUUCGCGCGUUCGCAAGCCAGACGAGCGAUUUCUUGCCAUGCGUGAGAAUGUCGACAAGUUCGAAGACGGAUUGCAGCUGUCCGAACGACUCUGGACUCGCGUACGCAGUCGGACAAACGAUGGGGAUCCGGAAUCUGGUGAAGACCUGACGGCAGACUACCAUGACUUGGCUGUCGCGGUCCAGGGCCUGGGCUUUCUCGAAUCCGGGAUCACGGAUCCCCUCAACCACUUCUCGAACACUCUGCUCGAGUUUUCUGCUCUGCUGCGUCAUCUGACGCAGUCUACAACCGAUCCAUCCCUCGUGCACCUGCAUUCAUUGCUGACAUACUCACAUGCCAAUCGAGCUGUUCUCAAACUCCGUGAUCAGAAACAGCUGGACUUUGAGGAACUCUCGGAAUACCUAUCCAACGUCACCGCAGAGCGUGACAGACUAUCCGCCAUUAUACGGGGGCAUGUGGGAAGUGGUGGUCUCGGCUUCGGUGCCUACUUGCGGGACAAGGUCGACGCCAUCAGGGGUGCCGAUGACGACCGCAGCCGGGUAGAGAAAAUGCGCAAGCUGGAUCAGAAGAUCAAGGAGCUUCAAGAUGCCGUGACUACCGCCCACGAAACCUCAGACGCAUUCAGCGAUGAGACCUUGCGCGAGCAGGCGGUAUUUCAGCGGGCGAAAGAAGCCGAAAUGAAGGAAAUGCUCGGUAACCUCGCAGAAGGACAGAUCGAGUUUUACAAAGCUUCCAUGGAAGAAUGGGAGCGUAUAAUACCUUUGCUUCAGCGGAUACGUGUUGAUUUGUGAGAUAAGGCCGGACACAGGUUCAUUAUUUCAUUUCUCUUGGUGAUGUAGGAUACUAUAAUGGGUGUCUAUAUCAGACGACCUUGGCGUUUGCAACGUUCCCCUGGUCAUCCAUCCGUGUGUCUCGGCCGAGAGGUUGUUCCUUAUGCUCAGGGUCAGACUCCUCUGGCACCUGCGCCUGCACCUGCAUUUGCUCAUGCAGCUGCUCUUGCGCCGCAUCCUGCUCUUGCACCUGUUCCUGCUCCUGCACGUGCUCCUGCGCCUGCGCCUGCGCCUGCGCCUGCGCUUGCUCUUGCUGUG